AUGACAAGACACCUGCCGGAGACUUGCAGCAGCUACUACACCUCCAACAACACAUUCGUGAAUAGUUUCGAAUGUCCAAGGAAGGAUGACACCGUAGAUCUGAUAUAUUGCUGCGGAUUUGUUGACUUAAAAUAUUGCUGCAAUGAGCCAGGCAACUACUUCCCAUAUAAACAUGACUACAUGUUGUCUCUUAGUAUAGGAGCUCUUAUUGGCCUGGCGAUUGCGGCAUUGGUUUUACUAGCAUUUGUUGUCAGCGUGUGCGUUCUGUGCUAUUUAUUUCUAUAUACAAAACCACAGAGGAUAGAGACGGGUUUGAAACUACAACAUUCCGGCUCAUCAUCACACAGAGCUGAAUAA